CGCAUCAACCAACAACACACAUGGUCAUAACUUGGACUAGGUUAAAGGAGUGUAAUUGUAGAGGAAAACGUUUAUAGCUCCGUAGUUUAAAGUUUCCUAAUUUUAGUUAUUGCAUAAACAUGGACUCGAACGAACAAUAUAAAACACGACAAUGAGUUACUAAACGUGAGAGAGACAGCCAUGAGCGUGCAAAACAUUCAGCUAUCACAAAAUAAGAUCUAAAUCUACAUGGUAGCACAUAAGUCUGUAUGAAUAACCGCAGUGGGAGAAGAGCGAGGAAGAAGAGGAGAAAGAAACAAGAAAAUGCUUCAAAUGAACCUUUUGUAGAUUUAAGAAGAUGGCUCAAACAGAAAGGCUUCAGUUCAAGGAGUUUAAUUCCCGCCAGUUUUUCAGAUACUGGCAGGGGGCUGAUGGCUACACAACCUGUAAAGGCAAAUGAGUUGGUGAUUUCCUUACCUGAGAGGUGUUUGCUUACCACAACCACAGUUCUGAAGAGUUACAUUGGGGAUUAUAUAAAGAGGUGGAAGCCCCCAGUAUCUCCUCUUGUGGCUCUAUGUUCAUUCCUCAUUGCAGAGAGACAUUAUGGAAAAGCAGCAGAAUGGAGUGCCUACAUUCAAGUCCUCCCUAAGUCUUAUACGUGUCCAGUUUACUUCUCAGAUGACAUCAUGGACCUCUUGCCUCCAGAUGUUCGACAAAAGGUGUCAGUGCAAAAAGAAAAGUUCCAGGAGCUUUAUUUCUCCUCACUACCAUUCUUCUCAUCCCUUCAACCUAUUUUCACUCAGCCCAUAGAGGAGCUGUUUACAGUGGAUGCGUUUCGCUGGGCGUGGUGCAGCGUGAAUACCCGCACUGUAUAUAUGGAGCACACCCAGAGCGAAUUUCUCUCAAGGGAAAAAGAUGUCUUUGCAUUGGCACCAUACCUGGAUUUACUGAAUCACUGUCCUGAAGUUCAGGUUGAAGCAGGGUUCAAUAGACUGACUCGAUGCUAUGAGAUCAGAAGUGCCCAAGGUUGUACAAAAUAUCAACAAGCAUUUAUCUGCUAUGGUCCCCAUGACAAUCAUCAACUUCUUUUGGAAUAUGGAUUUGUUGCUUCUCGCAAUCCACACAGUGUGGUCUAUGUUGACCUAGGUACUUUGAAGUUGUGUCUUGAUGUGAGUGACAAACAGCUACAACAGAAGCUGCUCUUCCUAAAGGACAACAGUUUUCUUAGAAACCUGACAUUUGGAUUAGAUGGACCAUCCUGGAGGCUGAUGACCGCACUGAAAUUACUGUCACUGAAGCCAGACCAAUACUCCUGCUGGAAGAGUGUCCUUUUAGGGGCACCAGUGAGCCAGGACAGAAAGGAAUGGUGUCUUCUCAAUGCCCAAAUGCUGUGCCAGCAUCUCAGCAAUGACAAUACCGAUGCACUUGAGAGGCUCACUCAGAUGAAAGCUGGUGCUGAUGAGGCUCGUUUGGAGCAGCUCUGCGUGAUUGAGAAUCUCAGACGAGAGGAACGGACGAUUCUAGAACACUCCAAACAAGUUCUUCAAAGCCUUUUGUCCUAAUUAUCGCCAUGGAAACAGAACAGCAUUCCGAACCACCGUGCCGGUGUAAACAAGUAGUUGUUAAAAAAAACGAUUUUAAGGGAAAUUGUCAGGCAAAAACAGACAUCAAACCUUUUUUAUGUAUGUGGGUGACCUCCAUCCUGCUCUGUGCUAUGUGGCGUUGAUAUGUUUUAUCCAACUUUUCAAAGCAUGCCAGUAGGUGGAUUGUCUAUUCUAAAUUGCCCCAGGUGGGAAAAAAGAGAAUAAAUAAGUAAGCGAGCAUGUGUAUUCAGGAGUGUUUUGGGCUAAACCUGGACCAACCUUAGCCUAACAGUCCUUCGCCUUUAGAUUUAGAUUACAAAUAAAUGGUAUGAGAAAAGCAGGUCAGCAGUGGUGUAGUGUAGCAUGAUUAUAAACAGAAAACUCAUAUUUUGUAAAGAAUUGUUACUCUCUUUAUCUUUUUAAUGUAUAAUGCAAUUUUAUAUUUAAAAAUAGAAAAACAA